AUGGAAGUGAAAGGGAUAGACCCAAUGGUCCUUUUCGAACUGAAGGAUCUGGUACGAUCACUUAAGAUAGAUAACUUGAAACUACAAGCUCAAGUGAAGAUAGAGCAUGGGAGGUUUGCUACUUACCUUGACGAGUUCGCGAAAGGUGUUGAUUACUUGCUAUAUCAGAAGAAGAAGCAAGAAUUUGAAAAGGCCAAUAGUCUUAAUGAUCAUUUUAUUAUUUUACAGGAGCUUUUUGAGCAAGUGCAAGAAAAUUCCUGAGAAAAAGUCGUUAGUUUAUUAGAAAAGGCCCAGAAAGAGAUCGAUAAUAUGAAAACAGAGCUUACUCUUUCAAAAAUGAACCCUGAAUCAGUUGAUGCUUACCUAUUUCUCAAUCAUGAGGUCAUGACCAAUCGUGAGCAAGACAUGGGCCCAGGAAGACAAGCUCUAAAUAACCUUAAAGAAGCUUUUGAAAAUGGUGAAGAGGAUACUAAAAUGAGAACUCUCAAAGAAAUCGAAGAACUUAUCUACAAUAUGAUCAACAAUCCUUCUCACUCCAAGGAAGACACUAUAAAUCUUAGUGUAGAAGCAGGAGCUAGUUACCAGUCCCUAUCCGAUAAGAUUCGAGAGAUGAUCCGUCAUGACAGAGGCUUCAGUAUUCUCAAUAGUACAAACUCCAAUGGGAUUCCUUCACCUAUUAGGGAAUCUGAAUCCUUCAAGAAACUUAUUGAGUAUAAAGAGAAUACUGAAAACUCAGAUUUCAAUAGUGGCAAGGUAAAAUAAAAUAGAAUUCUCUGAUACCAUGAACAAGGAUAACGAUAAGAAGAAGAACAAGAAGAAUGACAAGAUCAAGGGAGAGGCCAACUUCACCCAUUCCUCUAUCGAUAGGAUGGUCUUUGAAGAGACAGAUAAAUAUAACAGACAGGUUAGGGACUUUGGAGAUAGCAUCUCUGAGACCGUCAAGAUUAACAACAGCAAGCCCGAGUUCGAAGAAUCCAAACAAAAUUCUCAGGGAGAAGAUGCUAUUGAACCAAGUUUUGAAAAUCCUAAGGAAUUAAUUGAGGAAAUGAACAGGUACAGCCUCAGGUCUUCUAUUGACGAGAAAUUCUAUAACAUGGGUGAGGACAAGGAAGCCUACAAGCAAGAUCUGAAGAUUCCAUCUGUGAACACUUCUCUGAUGGAUUAUCCAAACCCGAGGUUCCAAAACCCAAGACAUAUAAUUGAGAACAGUAACAUUCAGCAGCAGGAUUCAGGGUCUCAUCAUAAGGAAAAUUCAAAUUUAAAAAUGAAGAAGGACAUAAGAAAACAGAUGAAAAAGGCAACUAAGAAGGAAUUUGACAGGGAAGAUGAAAGCAAUAAGGGUCUCAAUCAGGAAGAGAUUGACAGAAAUUCUACUAUCAAGAAGGCUGAGCUCAAAGAUGCCAUCAAGAACGGCAAGAAAGAAAAUAACCAGCAAGAGACAGGCAAGCAUUCAUCGAAUGAAUUCAGCAAGAAUGAGGACUAUAAAAUGCAAAGUUUGGAGGAGCGCAAUAAGAACAGCAGGUUUAACUUUGAUGGAAAGAAGCCCACUGAGGGUAAAACCUUUAAUUAUUCUGUCCUUUCCAGAUCAAAAUCAGGCGAUGCCAAAUUUGAAUCAAGCUCCAAGAACGAAAGUUGUUCUUUAUUGAACAAAGAAAGUAUGAACACUAAUCAAGGAGGUAAUAUUUAUUAUGACAAAGGCAAGGAGAUUGACCGCUCCAAGCAAGUCCUAAUCGAAGAGAUUGAGAUCCCUCUUGAGGAGCAAAACGAACUUAAGGCAAAUGAGCAUAAGAAGACCGAGAAGUACUCACUUGUGGAGAAGAAGAAAGUCAUUGAAAGCGAAAAGAGAAAAUCCUCAAAAUCAGUUCUUCAAAAGAACAAGUAUGUUGAGGAUAAGGUAUAUCAAAAAUAUGCCACUGAGCAUGAUAAUGGCAGACACCAGAAGAGCCAGAAGUCUGACAGAAAACCUACCGAGGAAAGUGUUUAUGAGGAAGAGGUAUUAGAGAAAAAGAGAAAACAGAGCGAUCUCAUUAUUAAGAAGGGUAAAGUCUUCAACAUCGGACAGAAUGGACAGAACAAAAGCAUCUCUCCAACAAAGAGUGCGAAUAAGCAAUCUGAUGGGAAUCAUUCUUCAUCAAAUGUAUCGUUUUCAAAGAAUAAGAAGGAUUUGUUCCAAGAGAAAUCUGAGAAAGAUUAUGUCCCAACUAAACCUAGGAAGGGGAAGAAAGUUAGCAACCCAAACAUGGAUGAUUACUCUAAUUUCUUGAAGCACAAAGAGCUGAAUACUUCAGAUCAUAGGAACCCAAACCCUUGAAGUGUGUCUUUUAAAAAGAAGUCCAGAAAUGAUGAGAUGAGAGAAGGCUCUGGCAAGAGGCACAAGACUCCUACUCACAUUGAUAUGGAAAAGAAGGAUAUGAGGAAGUUGCUAGGAAAAGAUCCUAAGAUAAAGAACCAAGACAACCAAAACAGCAGGAACGACUUUACCGUCUACACUUCUAACACAGGUGGACCAAGUAUUCAUAAGGAAGAGUUUACAAAUGAUUUUAUUAAUCAAAUUAGAGUCAAAGAUUAUGUUCAAAUGGGCAGAGGAGAGCAUCAUGUGCCUUCAGUAUCCUCAUGAUCUAAUAAGAAGACACUUGAUAGACUGUCCUCGGAUGAUGUAGCCGGCAAUAUUCCAAAUGAAAUGAAUGACUUUAAUUUCUAUACUCCGAACAAUCAGCAGAAUCUAGUCAACAAUUCUGCUGGAAACAAGAUGUACUUGGUAAACAAGCAUCCUUUGUCUGGCAGCUCUGGGUAUUCAAGAGCUUUUGAAAAUGAUUCUUCCAUGAACUUUGUGAAAAAGAGCAAAUCUAGAAUUGAUGGUACAACAGAGCCAGGCUAUAGCUCCAGACUUAAGAGUGUGGGGUAUCAUCAAAAGAGCAAUGUGAAUAAGAGUUCGUCUUUUAGGAACCUGAAAUAUUCUCAUCGUUCAAAUUCAAACACUAGAAAGCAAUAUUUGAAUGGAGAUAAGAGUGGUUCAAAAAGAGCAAACAAAACAAAGAGUGCCCUAUCAACAUACAUGGCUUAUAAGCAAGGAAUGAAAAAGAAGAAGAGUAAGAAGAAGACAAAGAAGGUAGUGAACCAGAACUCAAAUAACUUCUUUACAAAUAAGAAGAACUCUGUUGAUUCUGUCGCUACCUCCAUCAACGCCCCAUACCUAUCACCUUUCUUCAGCUCAAGAGAUGGGAGGCCUUCAACAAUUAUGAAGAACCAGGACCCUAACAAUAUGCAUAUUGACAUGAACUCAGCCAUUAAUUUGCUGCAGUACAACAAUAUGGUCACUGUAGAUUCCAUGAAAUCCAAGAAAUCAAAAAAGGUUAUUUCCUUGAAAGACAGAGUGGCCAAAAAUAAAAAGAAGGACUCUAAUCAUAGGAAUUCAGGCAAAAAUGAUUCUUCAAGUGUGGGUAACAGAAUCACUGAUAAAUAUAACCAAGAAAUGAAUAACUAUAAUCACCUCAAGGGACUUAACUCUAACAACUCUUUUGGGCCUGAAGCUUACUUCGGAGCAGAUCUCCUGCAGAGAAACAAGAUGGGAGGCCACUUUUUCACGGAAGGAACACCUUCUGUAAAUGAGUCUCAUUCGAAGGAUUACCAGAAAAGUCGGAACUUGAAACAAGGGGUGCAUAAGACAUACAAUAAGAUGUACUCUUCCAACCAGGCUAGAAGUCCAGGGAAGUUGACAAACAGGAAAACCAAUUCGAAACUCCAUCCUUCUUAUUCCUAAUUAGUCUAUAUUUAUUGAAUUCAGCACGAA